AUGUCAUCUUAUUGUCUUACGACGGGCACCACCUCCUCCUCCUACACCACCGCCAGUGGUUAUUCGAGAGGUAAGUCAAUGAAUGGGCAGAAAAAUGAAAUUUCUAAACGUCCACCAGUACUUCCACCUCCUGAGGGGACUACUGUUAUUGAUAAAAUAAUUCCACCACUUCAAAAACCACCGCGACAACUCAUCGUCGAACAAUAUCCACCGUUACCACCAAAACCUCAAGACGUUAUCAUCGAACGAUGGCUCCCAUUACCUCCGCGUCAACGAAAAAUUCUCUACGAACGUUUACCUCCUUCGAAUCCACCACGAGCGACACCGCCAAUCAUUAUUCAACACGGCCAGCCAAAUGUACGAGUCGUCAAAGAAGUUAUAACUAAUACACCGCCCACUCAAUCAGCUCCACACCAUUUGUCACCAUCAUCCCUUUUUUCCUAUAGUCCAUAUUCUACAAUGCAACCUACAACUGGUUACAACACAGCACAUCACCCACAGUCGGACGUUAUCGUAUUACAAGGUGGUGCUCAACAUACGUUGCCAUCAUCAAGUUAUGCUAUACCAAUGACGUGCGUUGUCAAUAAUCAAAAUGCUCUUUCCAGCAGUCUUGGUGCCUAUCGUGGGGGAACCUCAACAUUUCCAAUGGCCACAAGUUUACCGGGGCAAAGUUCUGUUUAUCAUGUGCCAGAUAAUGUUCCAAUAGAAAGUGUUUUAAGACAACUUGGAAUAGAUCCGACGACAUUACAACGUUCAUCACAUUAUCCUUCCCAUUUAGAUCAACAUACGGCCGUUCAACAUGUUUGGAAUGCAGCCCUACACGCACAACCACAAAAUACUUCUGCAGCUCAUCACGUUUGGGAUAAUAUUGAACAUUACCUACAUCCACAACAUGGUGGUAGUUCACCAGUAAGAAGUGUCUGGGAUCAUAUUACCCAUCCAGAUCAUUAUCGCCAACAACAACAAUCACAUCAUCCUCCUCCCCCAUCAAAUUAUCCACCGGCACCGCAUCCUCCUCCUCCAUCAAAUUAUCCACCGGCACCGCAUCCUCCUCCAUCAAGCUAUCCUCCUUCGUCAAACUAUCAUCCUCCUCCAUCAAGCUAUCCUCCUCCUUCGUCAAGCUAUCCUCCUCCUUCGUCAAACUAUCAUCCUCCUCCAUCAAGCUAUCCUCCUCCUCCGUCAAGCUAUCCUCCUCCUUCGUCAAGCUAUCCUCCUCCUUCGUCAAACUAUCCUCCUCCUCGUCCAUCAAAUUAUCCUCCUCCUCCAUCAAAUCGUCCUCCACCAUCACCACAAAAUUAUCCACCACCAUAUAAUCAAGGUACAUCAUCACCACCUCAACAAUCUGGUGGUGGUGGUAUUGGUUCAUUAUGGAGCAAAUUAGCUGGACAUUAA